AUGUCUGAUCUCGAAGAAACUUCGAAAUCUCAACCUAUUCUCCCACAAACCUCUAACAGUCAAGUUUCUAUAUUUUUAUUUCUACUUGAGGUUGUAAUCUUGUUAACAUCGAUCGCGGUGGUAAUAUGGCUGAUUCUAGCUCCAAAGAGUCCCAUUUACAUAAUCACCAAUGUCCACAUUCCGGCCUUGCAUGGUAGGAAUUCCACAUCACAUGUCUACGUUUCCUCCUUGGUUGCUAUGAAUUCUACUUCAAAUCACACAAGGGAUCCCUCUAUUCUCUUGGAUUUGAUAUUCUCAAACCCCAACAAAAGGGUGGGCAUCUACUACAAGGACAUCUACAUUACCUUAUUUCAUGGUGAUGCUCAUAUUGGCUCCAAGUUAUUGCCUGGCUUCUACCAAGGCUACAAGAAUGCGACGACAUAUGAAGUGCUAGUGGAAGCUAACAAACAGUUCUGGAAAGAAAUUACAAAUGGGACAAUAGAUUUGAGAGUUUGCUUGGAAAAUGCUGUUAAAUACAAGAUAUUCGUGUCCAAGACAAAGCAUCAUCAGAUAUAUACUGAAGCUUAUGUGCCAGUUGGUUCAAAUGGGAGGAUGUUAGGAAAGAAGAAUAUAAAGCUACACCACAUAUCCAAUCAGAUAAAAAAUUGA